AUGCAGGCAGAGCUCGCGCGUGCGUAAGAACAACGGGCGCGUGAGUGAAGAGGAAGUGCCGUGAUUCUCUCCAAAAUGGCGACGACCAUAGAGGGUGGUAAUGCAGGAGCUGCAAAUAAGAAAAAACACCUCGGAAUCCCCGAAGCAAUAUUUGUGGAAGAUGUGGAUGCCUUCAUGAAGCAGCCGGGCAAUGACACAGCAGACGCCGUGCUGAGGAAGCUGGAUGAACAGUAUCAGAAAUAUAAAUAUAUGGAGCUCAAUCUGGCUCAGAAGAAACUCAGAUUGAAAAGCCAGAUCCCACAAAUCAAACAGACGUUAGAAAUCUUACGGCACAUGCAGAAAAAGAAGGACACUACAGAUCUCAUGGAGACACAUUUUCUGUUGGCUGAUAACGUCUAUUGCAAAGCCUCUGUCCCACCCACAGAUAAAGUGUGUUUGUGGCUUGGGGCUAAUGUCAUGUUGGAAUAUGAUAUUGAUGAGGCCCAGGCACUGUUGGAGAAAAACUUGGCCACAGCUUCCCGGAAUCUGGACUCUCUGGAAGAGGACCUGGACUUCCUCAGAGAUCAGUUCACAACCACUGAAGUCAAUAUGGCACGUGUUUACAAUUGGGAUGUCAAGAGAAGGAGCAAAGACAACCUACUCAAAUCUGCUGAGCGGUCCUAAUAGAGGAAGCCUAGUUUGGUCCCACCC